AAGUUAACAUUUCAACACAUUUUGUUGUUAGCAAGGAACGGUCACACCAACUCCACACACUAUACUACUUUAAUAUUGCAGUCGAAAGAAAAGGCAUUCCUCGCAACUUUGUUUACGUUCGCUCAAGUCAAGACGCCAUGCCGAAUCCGCAGGAAGAACUGCUGCCACCCAGCGCCGAGGACGACGAGCUGACCCUCCCACGGGCCAGCAUCAACAAGAUCAUCAAGGAGCUGGUGCCCACGGUACGGGUGGCCAACGAGAGUCGCGAGCUGAUUCUCAACUGCUGCUCGGAGUUCAUUCAUCUGAUCAGUUCGGAGGCGAACGAGGUGUGCAACAUGCGCAACAAGAAGACUAUCAAUGCGGAACACGUGCUGGAGGCGUUGGAACGGUUGGGCUUCCACGACUACAAACAGGAGGCGGAGGCCGUUCUGCACGACUGCAAGGAGGUGGCCGCCAAGCGACGGCGCCAGAGUACGCGCCUGGAGAACCUGGGCAUUCCGGAGGAGGAGCUGCUGCGACAGCAGCAAGAGCUGUUCGCCAAGGCACGUGAGGAGCAGGCGCGCGAGGAGCAGCAGCAAUGGAUGAGCAUGCAGGCGGCGGCCAUGGUGCAGCGGCCACCGCUGGCCGACGGCUCCGUUGCCAGCAAGCCAAGUGAGGAUGAUGAGGACGAGGACGACGACGACUACUAGUAGUAGAAAACAGUCUUUCUAUGAGCUUAGUGUAGAUUUAAUCUUAAAAUAUAUGCCAUAAGUUGAACGUUCAAC